GCUACAGCCAGAGACUGCGUGAGCUAUAGCUAGAUACUGCUGGAGCUACAGCCAUUGACUGUCUGUGCUACAGCCAGCCUGCCUGAGCUACAGCCACAGACUGCCUGAACAACAGCCGGCGCCUAUCUCUGAGUGGAGCCACAGGAUCAUGGCGAGUGCAGCUCCCAGUGGUAGCGAGGCCCCAGGGGAGUUGACCUGCCCCAUCUGCCUGGACGCCUUCCGCUGCCCCUGCACGCUCAGCUGCGGCCACUCGUUCUGCCUCGAGUGCGUGGAAGACGCCUGGGAAGCGGUCGAGUCCUUCUCCUGCCCGCAGUGCCGAGUGACCUUCCCUCGGAGGCCCAAGCUGAGCAAGAACUUCACGCUCGCCAACCUGGUGGAGCAGCGCAGUGCCGCAGUUGAAUUGGUCACCGUGGUCUUGUGUGACUUCUGCAACGAUGGCACGACCGCUGCCACGAAGACCUGCCUCAGGUGUGAUAUGUCAUAUUGUGUGACUCAUGUAAAGCCUCAUCAGGAGAACCAGAAGUUCAAGGACCACAUUUUGGUGGCUCCAGUCACGAAUCCUGAAGAACGCAAGUGUAAGACGCACCGAGAUGAGAUCAAGUUUUAUUGCCGACAGGACGAGAGCUUGGUCUGCACAACCUGCACCAUCGCAGGAGACCACAAGGGUCACGAUGUGGCUACGCUGGAGGAUGAGCACAAGACACGGGAGAAACAAGUGGGAGAGGAGACGCGGGCGGUGGAGGAGAAGAGGAGGGAGGCGGAGGAGUCCGUGAGGCGGAUGGAGGCCGCUCGCAGAAACGUGCAGGGAUCGAUGACCGGGGUGAGGCAGCGAAUCAAUGGCGAGUUCGCCCGCAUGAGAGCAGCUCUGGACGAGGAAGAGAAGGCGGCUCUGGCUCGUGCAUCCAAGAAGGAGCGCGAGCUGCUGACCCAGAUCGAGAAGAACAUCGCUCACUACCAGCGCGAGAUCGGCGAGCUCCAGGCAGCAGCCGCUCGUCUGGAGGUCCUAGCGCAGGAGAGGGACUCGCUCGCCUUCCUGCAGGGGCACCUGGAGGAGACACGCAGGACCGGAAGGGUUACAACGUCUCAACCCUCAGCUCCCCGCCAAGAGGACAUUGCCUCACUUAAAGUCCUGGAGACAACUACUGUCAAGUUCAUGUACGGACGCUCACCAACUCUGGACACAAACUCAGCUUAUAACCAACUCCAGAUCUCCUCGGAUCUCAGGACGAUGACAGCGGUCCAGGCCUCCCAGGGUCGCCCCGAUCACCCACACCGGUUUGAUGGCCGUGCACAAGCCCUGUGCUGUGAGAGCUUCUCGUCGGGCCACCACUACUGGGAGGUGGACGUGGGGGACGCGAGGUGGUGGCGGGUUGGAGUCGCGUACGGGACGAUCCCACGGAAAGGGGAUCGUGAUGCACAGCAGCUGGGAGGGAACGACGCGUCCUGGUGUUUAGAGAAACGUGACGACAACUUCUCAGUGUUUCAUGGUGGAGUGAAGACUGCACUGUCGGUGAGGGAGGCCCCCUCCCCCCGCAGAAUCGGGCUUCACCUGCACUGGGAGGGGGGGCUUCUAGCAUUUUACUGCGCCGACUCAAUGGAGGUGAUCCACGAGGUUCGGCAGAGAUUCUUGCAGCCUCUCUACCCUGGUAUGUGUGUGAGGUGUUUGAAUGAUCGAUUGAAGAUCGUGGAUCUGAGUCGUGCAUCCUGAGGAUGA